UCUUCUUCAGCUUCUUUCAUCUGAGCAGGCAGUACUUGGCUUUUCUUUUUAUUCUUUUUUCACUUUCUGUCGUCAAAAUUCGUCUCAGCUCUUUCAUCAUCAGCCUCGGCUGUUUUGCCUCUCUCUCGAUUCAUUCGGAGCUCUUAUAUUUUAUUUUCUCAUCUUCCUUGAGAGAGUAACCCCACAAGGUCACGGCUAGGUGUGUCCGAGAGGGCUAAGGAGUAAAACAUUGUGAUAUUUAUCUCACUUGACACAGCUUUAAAAUAGGAGUUUAGCAAUGGAAGGAGUUCCAGGGAUGAACACUGUUCCAAAUCCUAACUAUUAUGACAAGUCGAUAGUGCUAGACGUAAAGCCUCUGCGAAGUUUGAAACCUGUUUUUCCAAAUGGUAAUCAAGGCCCACCCUUUGUUGGUUGUCCACCUUUUGGCCCUCCUUCUUCUUCUACUGGGCACUCACCUUUCUCCCCAUUUGGAGCACAACCACCUCCAGAUCUCAACCAAACUCAGGACACGCCUCCUCCUACGUUCGUUACACCUAUUCAAUCAUAUAGACCACCUACUGUUGUAUCAAACGGUCCUAGUACCUCAAGUGGGACCAGAAAAGGAGUUGGUCGUCCUAAGAGAAAUGCAGUAUCAAUUGUCCCUAGUAGUAGCUCAAGUGGGACUAAAAGAGGAGCUGGUCGUCCUAAGGGAACUAGUAACGCCAAGAAAAAAGAGAAGACUAGUUUGGAUGUUCAGGUAGUGAAAAGAGAUUUCGACAGCGGGAUCAGUGCACCAGAGCGAGAAGAUGGAAACGGUGACUUAGUAAGCAGCGUGUUGACCCGUUUCGACGCUGUCAGGAGGCGGCUAGCACAAGUAGAGCACGGAAAGGCCGGGACCUCGAAAGCAGCAGGUGUUCUGAUGAGCAACGGAGUGCGUACCAACAUGAAGAAGAGAGUUGGGACUGUUCCUGGAAUCGAGGUUGGAGACAUCUUCUUCUCACGGAUAGAGAUGUGUUUGGUCGGUCUCCACAUGCAGACCAUGGCAGGGAUUGACUAUAUAACAAGCAAAGUCGGCGCAGAUGAGGAGCCGUUAGCUACCAGCAUUGUUUCCUCUGGACGUUACGACGGUGAAGCGCAGGAUCCUGAGUCUUUGAUAUACAGCGGACAAGGAGGGAAUGCUGAUAAGAACGGACAAGCGUCUGAUCAGAAGCUUGAGAGAGGGAAUCUAGCGUUGGAGAAGAGCUUGAGGAAAGGGAAUGGAGUGAGAGUGAUAAGAGGAGAGGAGGAUCCCGCUAGUAAAACAGGAAAGAUCUAUAUAUAUGAUGGAGUUUAUACAAUCUCGGAGUCAUGGGUGGAGAAAGGGAAGAACGGUUGCAACACUUUUAAGUAUAAAUUGGUGAGAGUUCCUAAUCAGCCACCUGCCUUUGGUAUCUGGAAAGCUGUUCUUAAGUGGAAGGAAGGUUUAACUGCAAGAGCAAACCUUAUCCUUCCGGAUAUAACUUCAGGAGUUGAGAGUAAACCUGUUUCUCUUGUGAAUGAUGUGGACGAUGAGAAGGGGCCUUCUUAUUUCACUUACAUCUCCACACUCAAACACUCUAAACAAACUCAGCCGCCCACUAUUGGUUGCUCCUGUCACGGAUCGUGUGCAGCUGGAAACCUUGACUGCUCCUGCGUCCGUAAGAACGGCGGUGACCUCCCUUACCUUAACGGCGUGAUGCUUGUUUCUCGGAGGCCCAUGGUGUAUGAAUGUGGCACAACGUGUCCGUGUCACGCCAGCUGCAAAAACAAAGUGAUUCAGACGGGGCUGAAGUUUCGAAUGGAAGUGUUCAAGACAGACCAUCGUGGUUGGGGUUUACGUUCUUGGGAUCCUAUACGCGCCGGCUCCUUCAUAUGUGAAUAUGCUGGUGAGGUCAACCUUAGAAUGGAGCAAGAAGAUGAUGAGUUUGUCUUUGAUACGUCGCGUGUUUACAACUCGUUUAAGUGGAACUAUGAGCCUGCGUUGGUAGAUGGGGACCCUUCGGAUGAAACCCCGGAGGAGUUUAAUCUCCCGUCACCGGUCCUGAUCAGUGCCAAGAGUUUUGGAAAUGUAGCUCGGUUCAUGAACCAUAGUUGCUCACCUAACGUUAUGUGGCAGCCGGUUUUUGUUGAAGGGAGUGGUGAAUCGGUUGUCCACAUUGCUUUCUUUGCUAUUCGUCACAUUCCACCGAUGGCUGAGUUGACUUAUGAUUAUGGAGUCUCCCUUACAUCUGAGGCCAGAGAUGGGAGCCUUUUACAUGGAAAGAGGAAGUGCUUAUGUGGUUCUGUGAAAUGCCGUGACUCAUUCGGAUAAUCUGAUAAAUGUAACUCUGACACAAUCUGUCUGAAGCCAAUUCUGUUGUCACAGGGCAGAAGAUCUCAACGUAUGUAUGCAUUUGCACGUUCUGUGGCGAUGCAUAGACAUGUAAUGUUGUACUAAAUGUUAUUGUAUUAGCACCACACUGCCAUGCUCAUGGGUUUGGUAAGAAAAUAAACUCUAUAAAGUGAUUUGAGUUAUGUUUUAAUCUCUGUCUGACAACUUUUAAGAAUGGGAAAACUAAAAAAAUAA